CAGAAAGCUGCCAUCAAAAUAGAGGGCUGUCGUAGUGAGCUCCGCCAUGGACUGCCUCAGCACAUGAAAGACGGCUGUGCCUGGUGGCUUAGAGGAUUCUAUAGGUAAUAAUACUUAAGACAUGGUUGUCAAGAAGGAGGUACUCCCAACCUAUUUGUUUUGCUCAAUUCGCACCAGUUUGAUACUCAUAUUGCAAAAUAUACACACCAAUUCACAAGUAUCAAGAAUCCCGAAAACACACGAUCAUGGAUACUCAACAAUUGACACCCGCACUUUCUGUCGACGACUCGCCAUCACUGUCUGAUUCCGAGUCUUCGUUUGGCAUUCCAGCCGAGCAAGUAGACAUUAUCAGAAACAUCGUCGACAAAUGGCACAAGAAGCCUCUCCAAAUAGCUAGCGACAUUGUUUCAGCACUGGAAGGAGGCGAUCACACACACAUCCCUCUUAUCGUCCGCAAUGGCGAAGACCAAGAAGUAGUAGUCUGGGCCAAAUGCGACACAGGCGCCUGCGCAAACUUCAUAACCAUGGCCCUUGUCCGCAAACUCAAACUCGAAUAUAGCCUGCAAAAAAUCGACGACUACGAAGCAGCCAAAUACCUCGAAUCUCCUCCUCGCGAUCACCUAGGUGUGGGUUUGAUCAAGAAGGUGUGCAGUUUUGAAGACCGCGAGGUCAGCAUAAACUACAUCCUACCCAUCACAUUCCAGACUGGCAAGUUCAGGAAACAGCAUGAGAAGGUUGAAUUUGAGGUGUUGGAAAUUGGCGAUGGGAUUACCAGUCCUGCUGCCAAUGAGAAGACGGAUUUAUUCUUGGGUGCGAGUUGGUUGUUCAAGAAUGAGGUGUUUAUGUUGAGGAAGAGUUAUUAUGUGGACCCGCCAAAGGACUUGCCUGUUGUUGAGACGGUGCCUACCUUUGACAACGAGUUAACGCCGAUCUCAGGAAGACCUGGUAACAACGUCUUUAUAUCGCGAGGCACUCCUUCAAUCAAGUUGUCAGCAACUGCUGGACCGCCUAGACUGCCGAGAGGUCGUAUGGCAUGAUGGUGAGAACUGGCUUGGUGAUAUGGUCUGGGUCCGACAAUUGGGAUGUCAUGAUACAUUUUGUACUCAAGAGGCUUACGGUCAAUAUGAUUGGUUCUGGUAGAUUAGGUUAAAGACUUUUGUACGGUGUAUGAUUGGCGUAUGUUACAGCAGUGUUCUCUUCAACCCCCUGAGUGUGGCCAGUUUCUGGCAUAGAUCCGGCAUCCUCAAAAUUGCCCUUUCCUUCAACAUCUUGCCUCGACGCGGUGAUUUCGUCCACUCGUGAAUUUGGAUCGGGUUCUUAUCGCUUGAGUCAAUUCCCGUGAUAAUGUCG